AGUCAGCCCCACCAUAUGAUCAAACCAUGUGUCCACAAAAACAGAAAAAAAAUGGAGUGUUUGGAAGCUAAGGCUUUGAAAUCGAGUUUCCACUGGGAAUUAGCCAUGGAAUCUGCUCAACAAGACGCUUUGGUGGAGGAAAUUUGGUGUUUGAACGGAGCUAAUCUCGUCGCCGGCGAGGAUUUUGAAGUCGACGAGUUUUUUAACUUCUCUAAUGGAGAUUUUGAACAUGGGUCUGCUUUGAGAGUUGAGGAAAAUGACGAUUAUCGUGAGUUUGAGAAAGACUUGGUCUCUGUUUCGUCGGAUUCGAACCAGUCCGGCGAGAUUCCGGCUGCCGGAGAGGAGGAUUCGAAGUCGCUUCUUGCCGUUGAGCUUGCUAUUCCGGGCGAUGCUAUGGCGGAGCUUGAAUGGGUUUCUCAUUUCGUCGAUGAUUCUCAGCUGGGAUUUUCCAGCGCCGCCGUGGCUUUCAGCCGCUCCGAGCCGGAAAAGAACCUCGCCGGAGGUGUAAUUUCGUGUUUGCCGACGUUUGUUCCGGUCAAACCAAGGACGAAAAGGUCGAGACAAAGUCGUCAAACGAAAUCCACUGGUUCUUCUCUGAACCAAUCGUCGUCGUCGUCCUCCUCCUCGACGUCCUCCGGCGUUUCCUCCGCCUCACCGUGGUUCAUCUUCUCCGACGCCGGUGACAACGUGGACUCUUCAAACGCCGCCGGCGAGCCUCCGAAGAAGCAAAGGAAAAAGUCAAUAACAUCGUCGCCGACAGCUCUUCAAUCCGGUGGUUUGACCGGUCAGAUUCCGCGGCGGUGUAGUCACUGUCUGGUUCAGAAGACCCCACAAUGGCGAACCGGUCCACACGGGGCCAAAACACUCUGCAACGCUUGUGGGGUCCGGUAUAAAUCCGGUCGGCUUUUUCCAGAGUAUAGACCGGCGUUGAGCCCCACUUUUUGCAGCAAUGUUCACUCAAACAGCCAUCGAAAAGUGCUCGAAAUGAGGAAGAUGAAGGAGGUCUCCCAACCGGCAACCGAGUUGACUCCAAUGGUCCGGAGUUACUAAAACCGACCAACCGGCUGAACCGAUCGAACCGGUUGGAUUUUGUUGUAGGGCUAAAAAGGGAAUCCAAUUUAUAGUUGUAGGGUUAGGGGAGAAAUUAGGCAGAGCAUUAAUUUUAUUAUAGUAUUUUUGUGAAAUUAAUUUGAUUAAUUAGAUUAGGUAGGGAAAAAAAAA